GGCCGUUUCGCAUUCGGCCAAUCGGACGCGCUGCGGCGACUGUUGCCAUCGCGGCGGGUUGUCGUUGACGUCGGCGACGUGGACGAAGACGAGCAGAUCGGCCGACUGGCCGGUCGCCUCGAGGGCGCGCAAGCAGAAGACGAACUCGGCGCGCCGCUCUCGGUCCAGCAGCCCCGUCUGCCGCAGCCACGGUUGCCCGGUCGCGUUGGUGACCACGUCGAAGUGGGCCGCGACUCCGCCGGCUCGACGCGACGCGUCGAGCGAGUCCGCCGGCUCGAAACGUGGCCAGCGGCGCGUCGAGUCGACGCGACAGAACGUCUGCUUCAGACGAGCGCCGGCCAGCUCGAGCCGGUCCGGCUCGACCGGCGGCGCCAGCAUUCGGUACUCGACGACGGAGUUGGCGGCCGAGUCGGGGUCAACGGCGACGGGCAGACGGAAGAGUGA